AGCGAGAUAAGGAGUGCAAGGACUUUGUUUGGGUGGCUAUCGGGUUGCCAGGACAACGGGCCAAGUUGCGGCAUUCCAAUGCAAAACAAAAAGCCGAAAAAUUGUGUGGCCGCAAAGGAAUUUCAGUGAGUGUCGAGCAGUAGCCUUGGAGUGGUUGGUUGCCCAAAGUAAAAGCUGACCUCUGAACCAUGCAGUGAACUCAGCAACAGUCAAGAGAGAGAGCGUGGCUGGAGAGAGGGUAAGAGACAUGAUUACGGGUCCGGAAGCGAGGCAAACGCAUAGGUUGUUGGACUUGAAGAAGCAGCAAUGGGCCAAGGAAAGAGAGGAAAUCGCACGCAUGGAUGAGAUGUACCAUCACCAUCAGCAGCACACUUCGCACCACAAGAUUGAACGCACUUCGAUACGCACUUACUACUCGAAUUUGGAUCUCAGUCAGACAUCGACCUCCAAUCAGACAUCCAGUCAGUCGAGGCGACGAUUGCCGCCGCAUCAGCAGAACCCGCAGCAGGACAUGCAAUUGAUCCUGCGACAGGCACAGGCACCUCCAGCAGUGGCGCAGGAGUAUCGGCAUGUUGGCGGUUAUCUGAAUCAAUUGGAGCGCUAUAUCGAGGAUCUGGAUGUGGAUGCCGACGCAGACUUUGAGGACGAUGAGGAAUCGCUGUACAGGCGCACGCGGCGUGGCAGCUAUGCGCCGGGCAUGACCAACAGCACGCGACAGAUGCAAAUGGCACCGGCACGCUAUGUGGAAAUGAUGCCUCCCACCUCCAUGCAAACGGCCAAGGGAAGGAUGCAGCACUCACAGCAGGGACAGGGACAGGGGCAACAGCAGCAGCAGCAGCAGGGAUACCAGCAGCAGGGCGGAGGGUACAUGCAACAGCAGCAGCAACGUUUGAGGAGUCCCAGUUUACCUUCCAUUCGCAGGCAGAGGGUGAGGCAUCAGGAAAAGGCGGCCAAUCAACCUGGCAACAACAAUAACAUGCCGAAUGGCAAACCAAAUGACAUUGAUCCUGGCAACCAGCAAGCAGGACAUGCACAUCGAUUAAACAACAACAAUCACACAGGAGCAGCUCCAGCGCCGCAGGAGGAGGACACCUCGGGGUAUCUGAGCGACAAUACACCACCCAAGAACAACAACAAUGGCAACAACAACAACACACACACGCCCGACAUUUGGUUCAACGAUGGAGCCAGUCAGAUUGAGAGCAUUAGUGGGUUGGGCAGUGCCAGUGUCGUGGAGGAGCGUGAAACGCUUCCCCUGGGAAUGGCUGUGGCUGGGGGUCGUCGUCUACGUCGAUCGAUACCGGGUGGAGGAGUGGCAGCAGGAGGAGGAGGAGGAGGAGCAGCAGCAGUGCCAUUGGUACCCAUUGGUGGUGUUGGUGGGGUGGCAAAGGGAAAUGCAUAUGUCAUCAAGGAACGACGACGUGUGGCAGGACAGGGAUACGAACCGCUGGCAAACGAUGGCUACAUGGCCGAUGGCUGCUGCUACAUGGCGGCGCCACCCAGCUCCUCUAACAUGAGCAUCAGUCGGGAUGUGUCCACCUCCAAUACGUAUCAAGUGCAGGUGCAGGGCGGCGGCGACUACUACAUACACGAGCAGCACGAACAGCACGAGAGAGAGCGAGAGCGUGCCCGUUGGGCCAAUCAGCAGCAGCAGACGAUGCAGAUGAUGCCACCGCCACCUGGCUGGCUGAAUCGUGGCAUACACGACCUUAAGGAUGGCAGCGAGGAUGAUGUGCAGUCAAUGCAGUCAUCCUCCACGUAUUUGAGGGGACAGAAUGCACCACUGGAUGCACACACGCUGGCCGAGCGCAUGGACAAGCGUCGGAAGGCAUCGGAGUACCACAAUGCCAUCAAGAAGCAGCUCCACGAGCGGGAGAUGAUCAGGAAAUGGGAACUGGAGCGCCAGCGGCAGGAGGAGCAGCUCGAAGAGGAGCGUCUGAGGCGACAAAAGCAAAUGGAUCAGGAGCGGGUGGAGUACGAGCGACGGCAGUUGCUGGAGCGGGAGGAGGCGCAACAGAAAAAGCAGCAGGCAAUGCUGGAUGCCAUAGCCAAGGCAGAGGUCGCAGCCCAAAUGGAGAAGCAACAAAAGCGCAAGAAGCCGCAGCUAAGGGAGGAAAAGGAGGGACAGGAGGAGGCAGAACUGCUGCGAGUGCAGUCAGUGGAGGAGGAAGAAGAGGAGGAAGCAUCCCAUACACCACGUGGGGCACCACCAGUGGCAGCAGAAGCCGCAGCACCCCCACAAGCAGCUCCACUGCCUCCCGUCGUUGCAGAGGAGAAAGUGCUGAUUGGAACGCCCAUCAAUCUGCGACGCACCAUCACGAAACCCAUCAAGCAACCCUCGGGCGGGGACCAGGAAAAGGAUAAUCUGGCACUGUUGAUGCAGCCGGCCACCCUGAUCCCACUGCCCGUGACAACGGAUAUUUUUGGACUGCAGAAUGCCAUUGGGAAUCUGCAGAUAGCCACCUACUUGAUGCAACCUCCCCAGCAGAUGCACAUGCAGAUGCCACCUUCGGCAUCUGCCUCCUCUUCGGUGGUGGAGCAAACAUACUCGAAGGCCACAAUGACCCAAAGAACGGAUACGUCCAUCUACACGGAGGAUGGCUAUCAGGCGGAAAAGGAGGAGGAAGAGGAGCCCGAAGAGGAGGAGACCUUAACGACAGCUCGUUCGGGUCUGAUCACUGGUGCCAGUGGCGGUUGCUUCUCCCCCGAUUCCCUGGAUGUAGAUGUGGCACCCAGCGACAAGUUGGCACUCAUUCCGCUACCCCAGCGACUGCCAGGAGGAGUUGGAGAAGCAGAAGCGGAAUCCACAGCAGCUGAAAGACUUAACAGCGAUGUGGAGACCCAAACAGAGUUGCCACUGAACUGCGAUCUGUGCCUGUUCCACGACAACUUCUACAAGGUGCUGCUGAAGCGUGAGGUAUCCACCACAACCACCACACAGACAUCCAAGACGCAAACGCAGUCCCCCAAGGAAGCCUCUGCAGCGGCAGAGGCAGCAAAGGAUCACGAGACGACUACCACAACAACGACCACAACUACGACCACCUUUAAGGCCAAGAGCAAGGAUAAGGACAAGGACAAGUGCCUCAAGAAGAACCACAACAGCAAGGACAAGGACAAGAUGGACGAUCGCCCCAAAUGGGGUGUCAAUCGUCCCAUUGUUCAGUAUGUUAAAGCCAGCGAUCGGGAUCCAUUUUGUUUGCGCAAAAAGAAGAAUCAACAUCCUGCCACAGCCACGGCCGGCAAGCCACCGCGUUCCCUCUCCAUGGACUCGCGACUGGAUUCGGUGGCUGUCGAUCAGCUGCUGGAUGCUUCAGCCACAAUGGAGCAGCAGGAUGAUGGGGAGGAUGAAGAGGGUUUCCUGCUGAAGGCACGCAAUGUCUGCACGGAGAUACUGCCCAUCAAGACGGAUGAAAAGGGUCGCAUUUUCCUCAAUUUUCGCGAGGCCAGUGCCAUUAUGAACGAAGAUGAGAUCAAGGAUAAGCUAAGGCAAAAGUAUUUCAAUUUUGGUAGAAUUCUGCCGCGUCGCAGCUGGGCAUCGGCCACACACAAUGGGCUGCCAUUUAGUGCGGCAGCAGUGGCAGUGGCAACACCAGCAGUACUGCCUCUGCCACUGCCACUGCCACUUGUGCCCAGCCUGGUGGGGGAUAUGGCAGAUGAUUAACGGGAGAGCCAUUGGAGCCGCUAGGGUGUAUACUACUAUUUUAUUACCAUUCGUAGCCCCUUGCAAGACACUACCCACAGACUGUAAACCCCCAAAAAAGAAAACCUAAAAUAUAUCGUAUACAUUUAUAUUGCGUGC